AUGAGGUCCUUUUUAGUCAUCUUCGGCGCUCUCUAUCUUGCUGGCGCAACUGUCGACAAUGCUUUGAAGGGAUGCCCGCCGGCAAUGAACAGCUUGAGCAAGCACACUUUGGUUGCGAAGAAUGGAGCUGUGAAUCAAGAAGCCUUCAAAAUGUUGUCGUGUGAUGAUUGUAGAGACGUAAUGGAUGAAUUAAAGGGUACAAUAGGCACACCAGAAGACACCGAAGAAGCCAUUAAAACAUUAGCCGUAGUGAGUUCUGUAGGGCUGUAAUCUUUCUUUUAGAAAAUUUGCGUGAGAAUUUUUGGAGAGUUCCUUAGAUGGCCGUGCAAGUGGGGAUUUUGGCCAACCAGUCAGAGGAUGGCGGAGCUUUUGGUCAACGCCAACGAUAAAAAUAACAUUACUUAUAUCUGCGAUGAGGUCCAUUUGUGCUAAUUAUACGUUUAUAUUCAUAUAUAUUCACGUCUAUUAAAUUUGCCGGAUACUAAGGUUUAUUUGUGGUUCAAAGGGAAAGAUAUUGCUUCUGGAAAUGUAUACUUUGAUCAAAAUGACACAGGUAUGUGAAUAGCAUAUCUGCGAUAUUAUCCAUUGAUGUUGAUCAUACUUUUCUAUUCCUAUUAGGGUGAACCAAAAGUUUUUGCCGUUUUUUAGGUCUCUUUUUGUCCAAUUGUUUUUUUACGAAAUAAAUAUUUUUAUAUGAAUGUGUUAUAUAUAUUUUUAAAGGUCGUGAACUGCUUUAUCAUAAUAUAUAUUAAAACUUUUAAUUGGUCUUUUAUUUAAAAUCUUUUAACCUGUAGAAAAAACAAGGAAAAAUCCGAAAUUCGUGUUUUUUUACGUUAUUACCGAAAACAAGGCUUCAACGCAACUGCAGCAGUAAAGAAGAUAAGCGAAGUUGAAGGCUACAAUGUGGUCUCAGAUCGUACUGCGCGAUUGGUUCAAACGAUUCAACUACGGCGACACGGACCUCGAGGGCAAGACAUCUUAAAAAACAAUUUUGAAGGCGUAAUUCACUUCGAGUUGGUUCCAAAUGGUCGGACUAUUGACGCAGACCUCUACUACGCUCCACUCAAUCGAAUGUAUGCAGCGAUUGGCAAAAAAUAUCCCGAUUUGAUCAAUCGAACCCGCGUACCCCUGCAACAAGACAGCGCAAAACCUCGCACCGCCAAACAAACGAAGGAAAAGAUCAAAACUCUCGACGCCAUUGAACUUCUUUCACAUCCAGCGAAUAGUCUGGACUUUGUGUCAUACGACUAUCACCUUUUCCGCUCCAUGGCACACUUUUUGCGUGGUCGUAGCUUCAAUGAUCUGGACGAUGUCGAAGACGGAUGCCGCGAGUUUUUCGCUUCUAAGAAAAAGGAGUGGUACCGCAGCGGGAUCGAACAACUUGCCUAUAGAUGGGUUCAAGCCAUAGAUUCAAAUGGCCUUUACUUUGAAACUUAA